AACCACUUGCGAACACUCAAAAGAUGCAUUAUUAGCUUAAACUAAAUUGCUAAGAAUUAUACAUGCUGUGUAUGCUAAGUUAUACAUGUUGUGCGAACGGGGUGAUUAAUCUUAAAGUAGUAUACCGAUAUACCUAAACACUGGCCAACAACCUCUAGUAACGCAAGUCAAUGUAAAGUCACGUGGUGCGAAUAGAACGGCCAUCUUUCUCUGAAAACACAAACAAGAGUAGCGAGCCGACAAGACAUCAACACGCAGUGACCGUAGGAGGGGGGAAAUAAUAAAUACAAUAUUUUUAAUCAUUCACAAAAUAUUGAAUGAAUGAAGAUUGUACACAAAAAUAACGUAUUUGAAAAAUAAUCAACAUUGCUUCAGUAAGCAGUUUGAAGGGAGGUGGUCAGGAAUCAAAGGUGUCCUCACCUGGAGAGUCUCGGUCAAGCCACGUUUCAGUUGGAGAGAGAACGACAGAAGGCGAGAGAAGAGAGGGAGAGGAGGAGGAGGGAGAGAGUCGCGUCUGUUCCUGGCAGCUGUUCCAGCAGCCUGUUUUCUUCCCUGCGUUUAGAUUUAAAUCGAGAAGGAUCUUUAUUUUUUUAAGUGUGAUAUUACUGCUGUUGUCGUCCAAUCAUUAUUGUUACUAUUGACAGUGUUUUAUUUUGUUUGUUUCGUCGUUAUUGACUUGACAGUUUAUUCCAAUUUCUUUGUUCUUGUUUUUUAUUUGUACUGCUUUUUUUCGGCUGUGAGCAGAGGCUUCUUCCAAACUGUUCUCUUACCCGAACCAGCACUCUAUCCCCUAUACACACUUGAAACAGGCAGCUAUUCUUUAUCUCUGUGUGUUUUGGGGAGCUCUGUGAUCACAGCAAAAUAAGCACCACUCAGCCUUCUCACCUAAGCCUAACUAAGCCAGUCCUAGCCUGAUCCAGCCUGGUCCGCUCUUCUGGACAGGGUAAGAGCAAAAUACUCAGCUCUGUAAAGACGUAAGGAAUAUGACUGCUGAGACACUUAACUUCGGCCCCGAAUGGCUCCGUGCACUAUCCAGUGGGGGGAGUGUGACGUCCCCCCCUCCUUCCCCCGCCAUGCCAAAGUACAAGCUGGCCGAGUAUCGCUACGGCCGAGAGGAGAUGUUAGCACUUUAUAUCAAAGAGAACAAGGCCCCGGAGGACAUGCAGGAUAAGGAGUUUGCGUCUAUUCUGCAAGAUGAGCCCAUGCAGCCGCUGGCACUGGAGCCUCUCACUGAGGAGGAGCAGAGGAACUUCUCAAUGUCUGUGAACAGUGUGGCUGUGCUGAGGCUCAUGGGUAAAGGAGGGGGAGUUGCCCCAGCGGGCGUGGCCCGAGGCAGAGGAACCACGCGAGGAGGAGGCAGAGGGCGAGGUCGAGGCGAGAGUGGAGGAUUCUACCAAAGAAGUAUUGAGGAGGGAGAGGUAGGCUUCGGCCGUGGAGCCAGAGAGAUCCACCGCAGCCAGAGCUGGGACGACAGGGGCGAGAGGCGUUUUGAGAAGCCUGUGCGUGCCAGGGAGGGGGUACGUGUUGGCUUCGAGGAGGCGACCGGUGUCCCUGUGCCUGGGGUACCGAGGAAGGACUACACGCGGUCGGACAGUGAGAACUGGCGUAGCCUCCGAGAGGAGCAGGAGGAGGAGGAGGAGGAGGGGGCCGACCCCGGGGGCAGCUGGAGACUGGCCGGAGCACGGAGAUUAGAUGAUGGCGGUCCAAAGUCAGCAGGCUGGCGGGAGCACGACGGUCAGGUUGAGGGGCGUCGCAGGAAGUUUGAGUUUGACUUCGGCGGGGGUCGCAGGCGGGCCGGCAGCGAGGGGUUAGAGGACGACAGAGACGGACUGCCUGAGUGGUGCACUGAUGAAGAAGGAGAGAUGGGCACCUUCGACGCUUCCGGAGCCUUCCUACCCAUAUCCAAGGGAGGAAAGGAGGAUGAAUUGGACUUCCAGGGAAUAGAAGAGGAGGAAGAAGGGGGGGAGAGUCUUUCUGACAUGAAGAGGAUCAUGAAUGGAGGACAGAGAGUUGAUGGAAAGGAAUCCGCUGGUACCAGUCCCUCUUCUACCUCCUCCUCCUCUCCCCCUGGCCCCCUCUCUGCCCCUCCAGCUCUGGCUCUCAACCCCCCCAUGCCCCAGCUGUCCCUCACCGUGGCUGAGCUGGAGGCCUCUCAGAUGGCCAACAGCCACCCUGUCCCUGUUCCUGUCCUUGUCAAGGCCAGCAAGAUGCCAAGUGAAGUUCUCGAGGGCUCUCCACCAGGGUCCUCCACCACCCAACAGAGCCCCAGCACCACCUCCAGUCUGCCUUCACCCCCUCCCUCCUCUGCUGCUAACCAUCUCUCCCUGCUACCGGGGGGCGACACCGAGGACGACGAGGGCAUGAAGCACCUGCAACAGGAGGCAGAGAAGAUGGUGGCGUCCCUGCAGGACACGUCUCUGGAGGAGGAGAGUUUCACUCAGACGCUGCAGGAGAGCAGAAACACAGCCUCCGCCCUGCCCCUCUCCCACGACGCUGCCAUGAAGUGGUUCUAUAAGGACCCCCAGGCAGAGAUCCAGGGUCCAUUCACCACUCUGGAGAUGUGCGAGUGGUUCCAGGCGGGUUACUUCUCCAUGUCUCUGCUGGUGAAGAGGGGCUGUGACGAGGGCUUCCAGCCGCUGGGUGACGUCAUCAAGAUGUGGGGACGCGUGCCUUUCGCCCCUGGGCCCUCCCCGCCGCCCCUGCUGGUGAGACCUCCACCGCCACGCCCUCAGCCUCUACCGCCCCGGGGGUCUGCUGGUAGCAUGGAUCAGGACCGUCUGAAGAAGCAGCAGGAGCAGGCAGCAGCAGUUCUCUAUCAACAGCUCCAGCAGCAGCAGCAGCUAUUCCAGCUCAUCAGCAGGUGCGGAGAGCAGGGUAUUUUGCCUUCGGUGAACAGGUCGAUGUCAGUGCCAGAUACAGGGUCCAUGUGGGACAUGCAUACCUCAGCUUCACAGCAAUCAGGCGGUGAAGCCAGUUUAUGGGACUUAACAAUGAAUUCUUCAACUCAGGGUCCAACUCUCGAACAGCUUCAGAAGCUCCAGCAGGAGAGGAGAGAAGCUGAACUCAGGGUAAAGCGCGAGGAGGAGGAACAGCGCAAGAGGAGGGAAGAGAAGAGGAGGCAGCAGGAGGAGCAGAAGAGGAGGGAGGAGGAGGAGAUCUUCAGACGCAAACAGUGUCGCCAGCAGCAGGAGCUGAUCAUGAAGCUGCUCCAGCAGGCCCCCCAGCAGGGCUCAGGCUCCGGGGUGGGAUCUGGCUGGGGCACUGGGGGUCUCAACAAGUCAGGGGCCAAGGGCCUCAGUCUGCUUGACAUGCAGGAGGCAGAGAGGCUUCUUAAACAGCAGCAGAGAGCCCAGCAGCAGCAGAGAGAACGUCACCAAGGCCUGUCAAUGGGGGGUUCCUCCAUGGGUCAGUGGGGGGACGGAGGUGCUGUCACGGGCAGCCUGUGGGGAGGCGGAGGGGGGAUGGAGGGUAAGGCUGGGGGCGGCAUGGGUCUGUGGGAUGAGGCAGUGAAGAACCAGACCAGAAGUAGCAGCAUGCAGGGACUGAAGAACAGCCGCAGCAGCCCCUCACUCAGUGAGCAAUAUAUGCUGAGCUGUAGGAAGCAGCGUACGGAUGAGGAGGACAAGCUGCUGAAGCUGCUGCAGGGCAUCAAGACGCCUCAGGACGGGUUCACCACCUGGUGUGAACAGAUGCUGCACGCCCUCAACACCCAAGCCAACAACACCUCCUCUCCACUGGACGUGUCCACCAUCGUGGCGUACCUGAAGGAGGUGGAGUCUCCCUACGAGGUCCACGACUUUAUCCGCUCCUACCUGGGAGACACCAUGGAAGCCAAAGAGUUCGCCAAGCACUUCCUGGAGCGACGUGCCAAACAGAAACAGAACCUGCAGCGGCAGCAGCAGCAGCUAUCAAAGGAAGUAGCAGGGCUGGCCAUGAGCAACUUCCCUCUGCCGGACUCCAUGCGGGGAGUGAGCCCCAGCACCCUGCAGUCCAUGUUCCAGGCCGCCCAGAUGGGGAAGGGAGGGCUGUACGACACCCAGGGGGCCAUGAAGAAGAAGAAACAGCCUGUGGUGCUGCACUCUGACCCCAGCAUCUUAGGGUACUCAUACCACAACACGGGUGAGCGUCUGAGCCUGAAUGAGAUGGAGAUGGUGGAGGAUUACUGAUCCAGAUCUGAUCAGCGGCAAUAGCUACUACCUGAGGCCUUCUGUCUACUAAUCAGACAAAUCUGAUGACGAAUGUGCACUGCUUGAAGGGAGGG